GUGGUCAAACUCAAUGGGCUUGUGACUCAAUUCCCACCAAAAGACCAGACUAUGGUACUGCAGGCCGCCCUAUAAGGUUAAGGGCAAACUUCUUUCGCCUAAAUAUUUCAUCACAACUAUCCGAUGUCUUCCACUACGAUGUAGAGAUUACCCCAGACAAGUGUCCCCGAUCAGUGAAAAGAGAUAUUGUUCAUGGAAUUAUAAGAAGGAACAAAGAUACAACAUUCCAAGGUCACCACCCUGCUUUUGAUGGUGAGAGGGAUUUGUAUAGCAGAAUCAAACUUCCUCAAGUUAAACUUCAGUCUGCUGCAUCAGUUAGUCUCCUUGAAUUAAAUAACUUCCUGAGUGAUCAACAAAAUGGAAAAUUGCGUCAAGAUGCAGUGCAGGCAUUAGACAGCAUCAUGCGGGAGAAGCCAUCGUUCUAUUUCACACCUGUUGGGCGAUCGUUCUUCCCGUUUGAUUGCCAAGGGAGACCCCUGGGUGAGGGGUGUGAGGUGCAGUUUGGUUUCUAUUCAAGUGUUACGCACUCUGAAUGGAAGGUGAUGCUGGUGAACAUUGAUGUCUCUGCAAAAGGUUUUUACAAGGAACAACCCGUCAUAGACUUCCUAUGUGAUACUCUUGGACGGGGUGUAACACCCCAAAGUCUGGAAAACCGUAACUUUCGGCUUGAUAAACAUGGACUUGAAAAGGCCAUACGUGGUAAGACUGCAUAA